CUGACAGCGACGCAGCGCGGACGUCGGGAUUCCCACCAGGAGAUCCGUGGUUGCCGCGGGGAUUCCAGCGGGCAGAGAGAAGGCCGGGAGAGAAUGGCUCCUCCGCUGCAGGAGACCGCGUCGGGAGUGGGGUCGGGAACGGGAGUUGAGGAGAAGAGGGCCAACGGGGUCGGCGAGGUCCGUUCCCGCCGCUUCUUCACCUGGGAGGAGAUCGAGCAGCGCUCGGGUCGGAUCAAGCCCGAGCGGUGGCUGGUGAUCGACAGGAAAGUCUACGACAUCAGCAGCUUCCACCGGCGGCACCCGGGAGGCUCCAGGGUGAUCAGCCACUAUGCCGGGCAAGACGCCACGGAUGCAUUCACAGCAUUCCACCUUCAUAGGGAUUAUGUAAGCAAGUUCUUGAAUCCCUUGCUGAUAGGAGAGUUGGCACCAGAUCAACCUAGCUCUGAGUCCAGCAAAAAUAAAUUGCUAGUAGAAGAUUUCCGGGAGCUGCGGUCCACUGUUGAGAAGAUGGGACUUCUGAAGCCCAACAUUCUUUUCUUCUUCCUGAUGUUCCUUCAAAUCAUGGUGCUGGAUGCUGCUGCCUGGUUUACCAUAUGGUACUUUGGAUCAUCCUUAGUGCCAUUCUUUGUGGGCGUUGCACUGUUUACCACUGCUCAGAAUCAAAUGGCCUGGUUGCAGCAUGACUUGGGGCACCUUUCAGUCUUCAGCACAUCCACAUGGAACCACUGGGUUCACAAGAUCUUAAUGGGAGUAGUGAAAGGAAUGCCAGCCCAGUGGUGGAAUAACCUGCAUUUCCAGCACCACGCCAAACCCAACUGUUUCCGUAAAGACCCUGAUCUCAACAUGCACCCCCUGGUGUUUGCUUUGGGGAAGAAGCUGGCUAUAGAGCUCGGGUUGCAGAAAAAGAAGUAUAUGCCUUACAACCAUCAGCACAAGUACUUCUGGCUUGUAGCACCAGCGUUGCUGGUUCCCUUCUUCCAGUGGUCUGUAUUCUACUUCUCAAUCAAGCGCAAAGAAUGGGUGGAUCUAGCCUUGAUCAUUUCAUACAACAUCAGAGUCUGUCUCAUGUACAUACCUCUUAUGGGAUUUAAUUGUUUCAUGGCAUACUACUGGCUCUCCAGGUAUCUAGAGUCCACUUGGUUUACUUGGGUUUCACAAAUGAAUCAUAUCCCAAUGAACAUUGAUUAUGAUAGAAAUGUGGACUGGGUGUCUACCCAGCUCCAGGCAACGUGCAAUGUGGAUCAGUCCCCGUUCAAUGACUGGUUCACUGGCCACCUGAAUUUCCAGAUUGAGCACCAUCUUUUCCCCACGAUGCCUCGCCACAACUACUGGAAGGUGGCCCCCUUGGUGAAAUCUCUGUGCGCCAAGCAUGGCGUUGACUACCACAGCAAGUCCCUGCUCCAGGCCUUUGCAGACAUUUUGCACUCUCUAAAGGAUUCAGGGGAUGCCUGGCGUGAAGCAUAUCUGUAUGGAUAAGAAGCAGCAGGGACUUGAGAAGGAGGACCAUGAAGAUGCAUCGCAGACUAGAGGGCAGCUAAUGUGCUAUGAAGAAUUUGGGGUCUGGUGGGUGAGCUGGACAAAUGUUAAAUAAUUAUUUUUGGCAUGGGGUUGGGGGACUCCUGAAACUUUCCUACAUCUAUGCACAGUGGGUUUUUGUAUGUGUGCACAUGUUGUUCUGGUUGCACUGUAGGUUUUAGGGUGACAGGGUCAUGGAAAGGGAAGGUGUGUGCUUCAUAUAGAAACCUGACUGUCGUCUUCCUUAUGGUCGGUGAGGGAUGCUUUCAGAGGAGGUGUGUUUAAAGCAAAAAGGCAGAGCUGCAAUGGGGAACUACAAUGCAGAUGUAAUAUUACUUGUGAAAGCCACAUGUUAGGGCUUAUCUACACUUACUUUUCCUCUAGUCUUUCCAUGCACAGUCCACACUAUAAAGCUCUGUGUUCAAAUGCCCUUUUCCUUUGGAGCUUUCCCCACAAAAACCUGCUCUUUAAAGCGCAAUCAGAGCAUAUGGCAAUCCACUGAAAAUCUGAAUCAAUGUUUGUGCUGAUUGAGUGUUAAAGAAUGGGUUUUCAAGGAAAACUCUGGGGCAAAAAAAGAAAACAGCAACAUUCAGACAUGGAGCUUUUAUAAGUGUGCACCUGUGCCUGGAAACAGCAGGGCAAGAGGUAAGUGUGGAUAAGACCUUAGUUGAAGGUCAGUUUUAAAUCUUAGCUUCAACUGCAAGCUCAGGGAUGCAAUUUCAGGUUUGCAUAGAGUUAAGGGACCAGAUAACAUAACUGAGUUUAAAGCUGAGUAUGUUCAUGUUCCUGUUUCAAAAUGUGUUGUAUUAAGAGCCGUUGGUUACAGAUAGUUUUCUUCAAAGCCUCAUAAUAACCAGAGAAAGAGGUGCUCCUGGAGGAUGAUCACAUGUGAUUUGAACUCCCCUCAUGCACCCCUCCUCCCAAACAGCACCUAUUGUGCAAGAUUACCUUUCCAUGCUGAGGUUAGGAAACAUUUUCUCAGCAACUUGUGUUCAUCUAUCUAAAGUUAUCACUGCCCCAGCAUCUUCCCAAAGGUAGUUGCCUUCACAUGGCAAACCAAAGAAGUGCCUCUUCCCCUCCACUAUGCGCUUCGAAGAAUGCUUGAGCCUGGGCCUCCACACCAAUGCCUGAUCACAUGACUAGCGCUCCUCUUUUGAAGGAGAGGAAUUGUGCGGUUGCAAUCUCAAUGUAAUCCGGUAUUGGCAUGAAUGCCUCUGCUCAUAGUUCUUUGAAACCACACUCUCUUACUCCAUUACUGCACAAAGGCUGCUGCUGCUGGGAAUGAGUUACCUGGGGCAAUGCCUCUUGCCUGGUGAUUAUCUGACAGUUUGAUUGAAAGUAUUAAUUAGUUCAGUAUUUAUUGUCUUGACCCACGAUUGGAAGCAUCGAUCUUCUGUUGGUCCUUUAGCACAGCCCUCUUAGGAUGUACACCACUUCAUGUGUACAUAUUUGUAUUUAUUUGUAUCUUUUAAUAUAUUUCAUAAAUUUAUUUGGGUCAAUA